AUGGUUCUCUACUGCACUGUUACGUGCGGCAACAGGAGUAUGCCACUGCAUCGGAACGAGUGCAGAAUCCUCUACCAACAGACCAUCAGUCGGAUUGGAGAUACUUUCAGCAAGGCCAUCACGACCUUCAGGCAGCGGAUAUUUGAGCUCAACAUUACUCAUACGGUUAAGAGUGCCGAAAACAUGACCGUCUACGUGGAUCAAACCAAUCUGCUGGAGUCCGGCACGAUCCUUUUCGACUUUCCAAGGCAACGGUUCAGUGAUCCCAAGGAUACACUGGGAAUUCUCUGCGCAAAUUGGAGCGGCGAGGCGCUUGGCUACUUCCAUGGCCUCCUGAACGCAAUGCUCAAAGGUGAUUAG